AUUACGUGUUCAGUGAUGUGUUUCUACUGCAGUGUGUUGUAUACCUGUGUAGUAACAUAAGAAGACAAAAUGGCGGCGAUAAUCUUCCGAAGUAUAUUAAUCGUUGUAUUAAUGUUCUAUGUGUUCGGUGAUGAAAUAGAAAUGGAGGUACACAGCGGUGCGAUAUUGAAGAUGUUGAGAGAGAUGGUCAACCAAACGAGUAUGGACACCUUAAAUUUACCAGCGAAUUCUACGUCUAUUAGAGAAAAUAUUACAGAUACCUUCAGCUGCGAGAAUCGAACCUACGGCUACUACGCUGACGUCGACAACGACUGCCAAAUAUUUCACGUAUGCGUGCCUACACAGACGCCUUCAGGGAGAAAUGUCACACUAAAAUAUAGUUUUAUAUGUCCAAAGGAAACUGUAUUUAACCAGGAGGUGUUAGUCUGUACGUGGGAACGUGAUGCACUUCCAUGUGAAGAAUCACCCAACUUCUAUGAUCUCAACAUGGAGAUAGGUAGAAUUACUGAUCCAGAAAUAUCAAAAGAAGAUGACAAAGACAAAGACGUAGAAACGAUCCCAACAAAGAAAGAAACUCGUCAACCGAAUAGGAAGAAACAAAGUAUAAUUAUGGAAGAAUUGUUGAAAGAAGCGGAAAAAAUUGAACCAUUGGAAGAAAUAAUGGAAGAAGUAGAUGCGAGCGUUGGUACAUAUUUUGAAACUAGUGAAUCCAGGCCUCAAGUUGAUGAAGUUAAAAUUGAACCGAGUGACAUGACACCAUUGAUUGAAGAAGUUAAAAAAGAACCAAGUGACAUGAAACCGUUGAUUGAAGAAGUUCAAAUAGAACCAAGUAAAAAUUAUCAAUCAGUAAAAGAAGUUAAACUUGAAACAAUUGAAAACUCUCCAGCUGUUGAUGUUAAAAUUAAUGGAGGUUAUGGUGAUGGGAGUAAUUUGAGGAAAGGCAGAAUGAUUUCAAGAGGCUCAAAGAAGUUCAGACUCAAUGUUUGAUAAAUAAUAUGUAAAGAAGAAUAGAGAAGGAGAAAGAUGAUGAUCACUUAACGUAUCACGGUGUUGUGUAAAUAGUCGAUAAUUUUAGAGAUUAUAGAGAGAUUAUUAAGAUAAUAAAUGCCAUAAAGAUUGUAGUUUUAAUUAAAUAUAUAAACAAAUUCUUU